CUGUGAAUAUAUCGGAACAUUUCAUUUUUCGUAUUCAUUUUUACGUUGAUUUCGUUUUUGAAAAAUAGAAAGAAGAGUAUUAAGGAAUAAAAUUUGAUUGUUUUGACAUCAAUGAUGAUGUGGUCUUAGUUAUUCUUAUGGCGGAGAUCUGUUGCAGUGUGGCGAGCGAAGGGGAAGCAACAAUACUGUACGAGUCGAGUUCACGCGCAGCAAGGAGACGUCGAAUGGAGCUUAGACGAAUUAAAAUCGUGGACGUGGCUGCAUCGGAAGCUGAAAACAGCAGGAAACGCAAGAAGAUGCAAGCUUACGCGACAUCAUUUUUUCUAGACUGUGAAAACGCUAAUGGAAUUCCUGCUUCCAAUGAGGAGAGGAAAAAACGAACGGUUAAACCUACAAAUGGAAGAUCGGAAACGAACGGAACGAUAAUUAAAAGUCACUCGAGUCCCUCGCUACUGAAUGCUGUGACCGAUUCCGAUUUGCAUCCUAAGUUUGGCGUCGCUUCGGUUUGUGGAAGGAGAAGAGACAUGGAAGACGCCGUCGCAAUUUGUCCGUCUUUCCACCGCCAAGGCCAGGACUACGCCGGCAGUGGCUUCCACUAUUUUGGAGUCUAUGACGGUCACGGUUGCUCUCACGUGGCAAUGAGGUGCAAAGAGCGGUUACACGAGCUGGUGAAAGAAGAGCUGGAGCUGGCCAGUGAGAAGGAAUGGAAAGGAGCAAUGGAACGUAGCUUCAUGCGCAUGGAUAAGGAAGUGAUAAACUGGAACGAGAGCAUGGAUGGCGCUAAUUGCCGAUGCGAGUUACAGUCUCCCGAGUGUGAUGCCGUUGGAUCUACUGCCGUUGUCGCUAUCCUAACGCCUGAUAAAGUAGUUCUUGCCAACUGUGGUGAUUCGAGAGCUGUUUUGUGUCGUAACGGAAAGCCUGUUCCUUUAUCGUCUGAUCACAAGCCAGAUCGCCCGGAUGAGCUGAACCGGAUCGAAGAAGCGGGAGGUCGGGUCAUUUUCUGGGAUGGUCCUCGAGUUCUGGGAGUCCUCGCUAUGUCCAGAGCCAUAGGUGAUAACUACUUGAAACCGUACGUGAUUUGUGAGCCGGAGGUUACGGUUGCUGAGCGGACGGCGGAGGACGAAUUUUUAAUUCUGGCUAGUGACGGUUUAUGGGACGUCGUGUCGAAUGAUACUGCAUGCAGGGUGACGCGCAUGUGUUUAAGGGGGGGAAACUGUGAUUUAAACGCCCUGCUGUUGUCGGCGGGAAGAGUGGAAGGGGAGGCGGUUGGAGGGUCAGUGAUGGGAGGAGAGAUCUCGGAUAAGGCCUGCGCUGACGCGUCCAUGCUGUUGACAAAGCUGGCGUUGGCUAGGCAUAGUACGGACAAUGUUAGCGUAGUCGUGGUGGAUCUAAGGAGAGCCACGUAAUGGUCGUUUGAAAUUUCACUGUUUUUCUUACUAAAAAAGGAAAAUAAAAAGAAAAUUCAGUGUUUUUCUCCCCCCUAUUCACGUGAUUUUGGUUCAUCGGGAGUGAAACCUGAAGGAAAGGGUUGGUUAUUUUCUCUACAUUUAAUGAGCUCUUUCCAAGUCUGAUUGGACAAGAGAUUAGAGUGCAGUGAGCGAAUAGAAGAUGAUUGCAAAAUGUCUUUAAAGAUGCUAGAGAACAAUAAAUAUUUUUCAAAACAA